CACUGCGACUGUCUUGUUUUGAUGCUGGAACUGAAAUAUGGCACUAUAGAAGGAAUUCGGGAAGAUGAUGGAUAUGUAUUCAAAGGUAUUCCAUAUGCAAAGCCACCUAUAGGUAAUUUAAGGUGGAAGCCGACAAGCAGCUUGACUGAAGACGACUAUUGGACUGACUACCGAAAAACUGAUCAGUUUGGUUCCAUGUGCAUGCAGAGAAACAUGCUGACUUAUGAGGCUGAAGGGAGUGAAGACUGCUUAUACAUUAAUGUCUGGACCCCAACUGUUAACAACAGAAGUAAUCUACCAGUGAUGGUAUACAUACAUGGUGGUGAUUUAGUUGCAUUGAGUGGUAAUGUACCAGGAUAUUCACCCACUACAAAACUAGCAGUUGAAACCAAUAUGGUACAUGUAUCUUUCAAUUAUCGAUUGAAUGCAUUUGGAUACUUAGCACUGGAAUCAUUUUCCAGACAAUCUGAGAGUGGUAAGUCCGGAAACUAUGGACUGUGGGAUCAGCUUGAAGCUUUGAGAUGGAUUCAGCAAAAUAUACAGCAGUUUGGUGGCAAUCCAGGUCAUGUGACUGUUUACGGCCAUAGUUCUGGUGCUACUAGUGUAUUUGCUUUAUUAGGUACCUCAUUGUCUAAUG